ACUACGUACUUCCGGAAUAUUCACGUGCUCAGUUGCUAUUAUCCCGCUCCUUCCGCUGUGUACUUCCUUUUCGGCAGCGGCUAAAUCUUCGCCAACAUGCCACUCGCAAAAGAUUUGCUGCACCCCACCCCUGAGGAGGAGAGGAGGAGGCACAAGAAGAAGCGUCUCGUACAGAGCCCUAAUUCCUACUUCAUGGAUGUUAAGUGUCCAGGAUGCUACAAGAUCACUACGGUCUUCAGCCAUGCGCAGACAGUAGUACUGUGUGUUGGUUGCUCCACUGUGCUGUGUCAACCCACUGGAGGCAAAGCUCGCCUCACAGAAGGUUGUUCCUUCAGGAGGAAGCAGCAUUAAGUUCUACGCUAGGUGUUCCAGUGUGUGGGAAGGGAGAGGAGGGGCUGGACUGGCCCAGACCUCACUGCUUUGAUCUUGGAUCAUUCCACAUAAGAGAACAGAACCAAACCCUUUCAUCCAUCGUUUGGUAACUAGCAAGAACGGCUCUCCAACCCAGUCUCUCUCUUUAAAUAAAAAUGUUUUGGCUAAA